AUGCGGUACACGAAUAUUGAGAAGCCAGAUAAAGAGAUAGCUCGGAGCCGAAUGGAUUUAGCCAUGACAUCAGCAUCGCCAAGGAGAAAUGCUUCACCGUCGCUUUGCGAAACUCAACGAUUUAUAGAGUCAGGAAGUACCGUUAUACCGCUCUAUGGCGCUAGCCCUCGGGGUAUCUUGGAACAAGAUGAUGGAAAACAACCGUACAAGGAUUAG